AAACGAGAAUUUCUGCGAAAACUCACGGCUGUCACAGCAGGUGCAGGACGUUGGGACCGUGACUCUGGAUCCAGCCCAAGCGCCCGUGUGUCUUGCAGGUGACUUUUUGUGAGCGGCUGGCGUUGAAGAACUGAAUGAAUGGAACAGUUAGGGCAGAUAGGAAGUUUGCCUUUCAUUCUCUGUGCUGACCACAAAGCACAAACAACGUGGUGUCACUGAAGUGACCUGGAAUCACUGGAGCUGUGUGUCCUGGGGGACUCUGAGGAGCUCUGAAGAUCCAAGGGAUGCUGACGAAGACUGUAGGCCCACUCAGUGUUCCUUUGAUUCCAGCGUGUUGGAAAAGGAAGACGUGCGUAUCCUGAGCAGCAAGGGCGCAAUGAUGGACAACCGUUUUGCUACAGCGCUAGUAAUUGCGUGUGUUCUCAGCCUCAUCUCCACCAUCUAUAUGGCAGCUUCCAUCGGCACCGACUUUUGGUACGAAUACCACACCCUGUCCCCAGCUGAGAAUGUUAGUGAAGCUGGUAGGAGCAUCUGGGAGGAAUUUGUCAGUGAAGAGGCAGACGAGAAGACCUACACAGAUGCGCUCUUCCGGUGCAAUGGCACGGUUGGAUUGUGGCGGAGGUGUAUCACUGUACCCAAAAACUCCCACUGGUACAGCCCACCAGAAACUGAUAUGACUACAAACUGCAUCAGUUUUUCCCUCUCUGAUCAAUUUAUGGAAAAGUACAUAGAGCCUGGAAAUCACAAUAGCGGCACAGAUUUGAAUCGAACUUAUCUCUGGCGACUGCAGUUCCUUCUGCCCUUUGUCAGCCUCGGCCUCAUGUGCUUUGGGGCUCUCAUUGGGCUCUGUGCCUGUGCCUGCCGCAGCCUUUACCCUGCCAUUGCCACCGGAGUCCUCCAUUUCCUAGCAGGGCUUUGUACGCUGGGCCUGGUUGCCUGCUACGUAGCUGGGAUUGAGCUGCUCCAUAAGAAGCUGCCACUGCCGGAUGAUGUGAGGGGGGAAUUCGGCUGGUCCUUCUGCCUGGCCUGCGUCUCGGCACCUUUGCAGUUUAUGGCAGCUGCUCUCUUCAUCUGGGCGGCUCGCACCAACAGAAAGGAAUUCACUCUCCUGAAAGCCUACCGUGUAGCAUAAGUGCUGCUACCGAAGUAUUGGGUUUCUAUGUUACAGCCUCUUCUCCUCCCAACCCUUAACUACAUUUUUCUUUUAGUCAGAAUUUUACCUUCUACUGCAUGCUUCUUGCCAGGUGAGACGAUUUAGCCUGCAGGCCUUGAAGACAGAGACCUCUGGGCUAAAUGACCAAACUCUGCCAGAAGCCUGUAGAACUUGAACGGGUUUUUAAAUUUUUUUUUAUAUAGAAUUAUUAUUAAUUAUUUUUUAAGCUUCAUUUGGUUGUUGACUAUCCUCUUGGUUAGUUGUACAUGCCCUUUCCUAAUUUUAUUACCCUGUCAGCCUGGUGGAAACAGGAGUGGUGUUGUGCGGGGUAAGGAAAGAUAGGAAAAUAAAAGAUGCAGAUAGGCAAGAAUGGGAACCUCAGUACACAAAUAAUAAAUAAUCAGGAGCUCUCUGCUGUGUGACCCAAGCAGGUAAUACCUACAGAGAGCACCCAAGAGACAUGGGGGAACUCAGAAACUUCUGUUAUGGAAAUAGUGUAGCUAAAUCAGUCCUGUAGCUUUGCUUUGGGGCUCUUAUUCUCACUAGUUUUUUACUUUUUAUGGUGUCUGCUAAAAGUGGUGCAAGCAGAGCAGCUGGCUGUGGGAGUGCCUGCACAGCACACCAUCCUGAAGUAGGCUCUGAGCUCGCGUUUGCCGAGGAGUGGGAUAAGUUGGCCCCCGUGGAGCCUGGUGCUGCUCUAGCUACGCUGCUUCCAGGACCCAGGCUAGUUUGGUAUCUGCACUACAUGUGACUGCACUCUAAUCUUAACUUGUGGUGCUUUUGCUUGCUGUGAAAUAAGGCUUUCCUCUCUCUUGUGUUGAAAAUGACCCUUCACAAGUUUUUUUUUUUAAUUUGGUUUAGUGUAUGUGUGUAUAUGUACAUAUACAAACUUAGCUUUUUUUUAAAGCUCACCUAUUUAUCCAAUAUAGCACUCAACAGGGUUUUUUUAAAAGGUGCUGUUCUUUUCCCAUCUUGCCCCAAACCUAUGGUUUAAAUAAAAUAAUAAAAAAAAAAAAUCUCAGAAAUUUUCAGUGUUGCAUGCAUCUGAUGGGAGGGUGAGGGAAUGGCCUGAAGUGAUUUUUACUUGGGGAAAGAAAAGACAAUAUCUAGAUUGUUCUCUGCUUUCAGGGAAAUGUCACCAGAAACAAAGAUCUUUGGUUAGUUUGUGGGGGGUUUUUUGGUUUGCCUUUUUUUUUUUUUUUUUUUUUUAAUUAAAUUCUUGGGCUCCUGCUAACCUUAGAUUUUUCCCUUCCCAUCAUUGGGGGGCGCAACACCCCAUAAUUUCCAAUUAGUUCACAGCUUCUACACAUACCUCUUCUAAAUCACUGCAACUCUAGCCAGACUGGGUGGCAUGUCUUAUCUAGGAAACAGUGUUCCAAGACUAAAGUGUUUAAUUCUGAAGCUUUAACUUCCCUUGUUUCCUUACUCCAUGCUUAACAGAACUAUGUCUUGGAAGAAGUAAAUCCUGACAAAAUGAAAAAGUCUGUGGUGGCAAGGAUUCUGUGAGAUACUGUUGAUGAGAAUGACCCAGAAAUAGGAAUUUUUAUCUCACUGUUUUCUUUAUUUUGUUUUGUGCUUGCUUUAUUUUUUCAGUAGGUGCUUCUUCGCAGGUAGUCUUUGCUGGGUCAGCAAACAGCCCUAGUCAGUAGUUCCCUGAAGAUCAGGUAUAUCUGCUGGUAUCAUUUAUUUUUUUUCUAUCAUGUGUGUGAUAGCGAUCAACCUACUUCUCCUUUUAUUGCCAUCAUUGCAGUCUUUACAAAAUGAAACCAAGAUCAGUGAAAAAGCAAUGGUGGGCCAUUCAAGAUAAUCCUCUUUCUCUUGCUGUUGAGUAAUUUUUCAGCUUUCCUCCUAAAACAGCUCCUUUCCUUCUCUACAAUGUCUGGGCCAAUUCUAACCCUGUGAGAGGGCAUGCAGUACUUUUGUGCAGUAUUUGAGAGUAAAUUAAAGUCUGUGCUGCUGACGUGUACUGAUACGGUGCUUUUUCAGAGUCAUCAGUUAUCUCUGACUUAGGUAGAUAACACCUCACUGCUCAGCUUGUCUCUAUCUUCAUUUGUCAGAAAUUCUAGGGCAUGCAAGCCUCAGCUCAGGUCAAAAGGAGUGGAAGGUGUUAUUCUGAACUUGGAGAGGAAACACUGCUGGUUAUUUUAUCUAGUACAGUUUGGGUGGUUUUGGUGGUGUUUUGUUUUGGUUUUUUUCUUUUUUUUUUCAGGAGCUGGCAGAAUAAUUACAGUGUGUGAUUUUAACCUGAGCAAUGGGAAUCCCGUGCGCUUACUCUCUCCCAUUGUAUCACCUGUUUUUCUGAAGUGUAAAUCUCAGUUUUAAAAUAACAUUCUUGCUUCCAAAAGAAGGAUUGUUAUGGAGAGAAAAGGGAAUGUUAGAGGUGCUGUUAGUCCUUGUUCACUUUAAAAAUCAGCAAAAGCAAGAUUAUCCGCUUUUUUCUGUCUCGUAUAAAUGCUGCUGAUUUUCUCUGCCCAGAAGAAAAGAGGCUUUAAUUGAUCUUUUAUUUGGACCAUUUAACUAAAAUGAGGGUCACCUUUCAGGAUGAUUUUGUUGGUUGGGUUUUUUUCCUUCACUCUUGUGUAAGGACUUCUUCAUCAGAAUGGAUUCCGGCAAGAGACAGAUUUCAUACAGAAAGAGGACUGUCCCUCUCUGUUGUUUGGGGUGAUGGAUCUGCGUGUAACUAUCUCGCUUCAUAACUGUGUGCUUUGCUCAAGGUGUAAAGGGAGCAAGAAGCGUUCCUGGACUGCUGGCUUGGAUUCACUCAAUGGCAUUGGAGGAAAGAAAAACAGAGUAGACACUGAGGAUGGAGUAAUUCUAUAAAAGAGAGAUGAUUAAGGGCACCAACAGCUAAUGAGACAGAUCUGGACCCGAAGUGUGUGGUACAGGCCCUUCGCCAGCAGAUCCACGUGCCACAUUCCAAGGCUGGCUGCGUUCAAGAGGAGCCUGAGGCCCGUUUGUAUGUUUGUGGUCACGUACAUACAUGCAAAUGCAGACACCCUUGCUCAAAAAAAAUGAGGAGUGCUCAAAUUCUGGAAGAAAGUGGCAAGAUCAAAAGCUGAUUUGUGUCCCUUAGUAUUUUGUGGUCUGACCAGGGGGGAUGGUUCAGUGUUGGAGAUAGGGAUGAGGCAGACACAGACAGUGAGAUCAAAACAGGUGAAAAAAGGGGAUGUCCUUGCGUCCCUGGGUGCGCAGGGGAAAGGGCGCGCAUCGCUAACACUGUUGUAUGGGCCAGUGAAAGUGAAGGGAAGGCAUAUGAAAGGGAAAGGAGAAGCAAAAGAGGAGGAAGAGGAAGAAUCCCGUGGGACUGAGCGUGAGAACCGAGGACUCGACACUGCAUGGGAGCGAGGUCCCAGGAGUGGUACGGGGCAGCCAGCACCGCUGGCUACAGGUGGGUGUUAUUAGUGUGGCUGUAAAGACAGCUCCUGCUGGUGUUAGAGAGAGAGCGAGCAGUGAAAACAGGAGAACAGUCAAUCCCCUUUCCUAACUUUAAUUAAAAAUGUAGUACAGAGCAGGCACAAAAAAGGGCUUUGUUGUGUAAGGGAACAGUUUGCCACUUACAAAAGGAAUAACGCUGUGGGUGCAAGCGAUAGCAGCGUCUUGGGUGACUCCAAGAGGCCCUCCUAAUCUGUUGUCACGCUGGAAACUGGUGCUCUAGUUUUCCUUCUGGAUUGUGUGCUGGCCCCGUGGUACUCUCCUCAUGGAAGGUCUGUUGCAGUCUUUUUGCUACAGUAAUAAUGAGUGCCUCCUCUCCCCUCAUCGAAAAUGCUCUGAAGUGUGUUUUGAGAAAGGGAUUUGGGUUUGGAUUGUUUUUUUUUUUUCCUGUUCUUUGUCACUCUCAGUCUCUCUUGCAGUGCUGUUUUAGUUCUGUGUUUCAAGGCAGUGACUUCCGAGAAGCUCUGUCCUGCUCACUGGUGUUGUGUGUACUCAGACAGCACCUGGGAUUCGAAGAGAAAUUCUGAAAUGUCAGCAGCUUGUCAUCGUUGUCCACUGAUAGGACACUGAUUGGCGCAUCUGUUGGGCUGAUUGUCCACUUCUGUCUGUGUGUAUUUCCUGCUUAAGUAGAUUGUGUGUCUAAACAGAGAGGAGAUAACAUCUUGACGCUGCCUUUUUUUUUUUUUUUUUACCCCCUCAGGAAUAGCUGGAGUUUCUUGCUAUAGAGCUUCUUUAUAACCUGUUUUCUAAUAGGAAAGGAUCAAAAGUUUUCAUGUUUACUACUAACUCUUCUGUUGCUGUAGAAUAUUAUUCUUGCCCUAUAUUUUUAAACUACAACUUUCAAAACUAGGGAGUGCAAAGUGAAGCCUUGGUUCAAGUUACAGUUCAGAUAUGACCUGGAAGAACGGAUGCUCUGUAACUGGCAGGCUGUAUAGGUAUCUGGAUAUGGCAAUAACAGCCGUAUGCAAAAUGAUACUUAACAAGCACCUCUCUGCCUACUGAUACGUGCCAGACCUUUAUACCAACCAAUGACCACUGAAAAAAAUCUGACACUGAUAAUGCAUUCCACUCUUCUCUCUCUUCCUCCCUUCUAAAAUUACCACUUUUUAAAAUAACUACUGAGAGAUUGUUUUAUUUGUUGAUCAGGUUAGAGCAAUGAGUGUGAAAUGUCUCUGUGCUCCAUGCUUUCUGUGUACAGACAAGGGUGAAGAUGAUUACUGAUAUAUGCAGAGGACCUGAAGCAUCUCUCUAGCUUCGGGUUUUCUGAGGUGAAGAUUAAAAAUUUUUGAGAAAACUAGAA